AUGCUGUCCCCUCUCCCGCAGAGUUCAGUAAUUUGGAUUGGUAGUCAAACCACAUCAACAAACGACCAUCAACUGUCACAAACGUGCAGAGUCAUGAUGAAAGGGGUCCAAGAUGAUGCAAAUCAUGGUGAAGAAGCAGAAAGCGCAAACAAUGUUGAGGACUCGCUUGAAUACGAGGAAACAUCAAGUGAGGAUGACUUGCAGUCUGAAACGUCUGUUUCUCCAGCUGCUAAUGAUUGUCACCCAAACAGGAGUUCAAAACAGAAAGGGAAAUCAACCACCAAGAGACCAUGGGCAUCAAAUGCAAGGAAGGCAAAGGACAGUGACAUAGAUAUGGCUUUACUAAAAACUGCAACAAGCUUAGCAGAUAGACUUUUGCAACCCGAGCAACCAAAGAAAAGCAGGACAGUAGAAGAGGAAGAUGAAGAUGCCAUCUACUGUCAAAGUCUGGCCAACAGCACAGGAAAAAAUAACGGAUUCCCACUUUCGGAUAUUUUAGGGUAUUUAAAGAAUACCCAUAAAAAUCCCAAAUUUGGCAAAGUGAGACAAGUCCCAACCAGGGAAUUCCCAACCAAGUUCCCUGAUUGGGACUUGUCUCACUCUUCCAAAUCUGGGAUUUUUGUGGGUAUUCUUUAAAUACCCUAAAAUAUCCAAAAAUGGGAAUCCGUUAUUUUUUCCUGUGUAUAGACUCAGGAACUUACCAGUUCAUGUUAAGGGAUAUGUUAGGCUGCAGAUCGAGCAGUUAAUGUACCAAGUACAAUUUUCUGAUCAUCCUGUUGCUGGCAUCUCUUCAGGAAUGUUUCCUGGUAUAUCAACUGGCAUGACCUACCAGAGGCCAGAGUAUACCCAUCUCCAACCAUUAUGA